AUGAUUUGUACCACUGACCACCAGCCUUGGGAUGUGUGCUUUUGUUAAGUUAUCACUACUAUGGGCAUGUGAGGUCAUCAAGUAUUUUUGGUUAAAUUAGGGUGAGAAGAUGUCCUGAAUGGUGGCAGAAUUUUUGGUUAAAUUAGUGUUCAAAGUCAAAUUCGUUAGGAUUUACUUUUAGGUCAGCAAAAUUGUCAUGGUGGUGAGGGUGAGGAAUGGAGGGCACUGGCAAAGCUGGCAAUGAAUACUAACUUUUACAAUAUGUUGAUUUCAUUUUUAUGGUACAAAACUAGACGAUACAAUUGCCUUUGGGAUCUGAUUGGGGUUUUGGAAAGUACACAAGGUUAUCCAAGAGCUGACUGAAACUGGGGUUGUUAUAAUGUGUUGUAUUGCUAGAUGCUGGAUCUUGUAAAUCAUGUUAUAGCAAGUAUACUACUGGCAAGAGUUCAAUAUAUUGGUGGUGAACAGACUGAAAGUGGAAUCCAAGUUUAGUGGUAUUAAAUGGAUUUAUGAUCAUCUGGGAUGUAAUUGCUAUUACCCGGUGGGGUAUUCCUUUCCAAGCUCUUUUAAGGUCUGAUUGGUCAAACCUUCUGGCUAUGUUUUGGCUUGGUGAUGGAGGGACUAUGAUGUGUGUAACUUGAGUAGCUUCAGGUGUUUUGGAUGAGCCCUUGUGAACUUUGAAGAUUCCGGGAUGCAGUUGGAGUUGAAAUGAAGUUUGUUUCUAAAAUAUUUGGUGCAGUAGGCGAAGCACAUGGUGCAUUGCCAUUUCUUGUUGGAUUGUCAACUGGAUUCUAGUCAUUGGUCGUUUUAUAUUUGCUUGUAUGUAGGGACAACAUAGUUUAAAUGUGUGAUUGUUGCAACAUGUAGCACCGAAUCAAUUUCAAGCUAGCUGGCUUGUCCUGAUGAUCUUGAGUGUGAUCUUAGGGGAUAUAGAAUGCGUGCAGGUUCUGUUUCUCCUGUCCGUCGUAGGGAUGCUCAUCAUCGUUCUAGUCCAGGUUUUGAAACCUUUGGUGGUUCAUCAAGGGGUCGUGGUUUCAGGAAUGAGAGACAACCUGGUCGAUAUCGUGACUACUCACCCCCAUAUGCCCGUGGGAAGGAUGGAGGUCGGUUUCCUGGUAGAGGUUAUGAUCAGUCUGCACGUGGGCCUGGAGGUCCUGAACCAUUAAGAGUCGAAGGUGUGCCUAGAAAUAAUCCUAAUGUACGACCAAGAGAAGGAGAUUGGUAUUGCCCAGAUCCCUUAUGUAAAAAUUUGAAUUUCGCAAGGCGUGAGCAUUGCAACAACUGCAACAGGCCCCGUUAUGCUUUGUCUGGAAGUCCUAGGAGAGGAGGGUAUUUGUGUCCCCCAUUCCCCCCACACGAACGCGUUCCACCUCCUCUAUUAGAUCACUCUCCUGUAAGGAAUAUGAAUGGUGGCUACAGGUCUCCCCCUCGUGGUUGGCCGAGAGAAGCUAGCAGAGACUUUAGAGCUUCUGGACCACUGGGAAGAAAUGAAGUAAGAUUCCCUGAUCCCCUAAUGCGCGGUGAAAGGCUAAAUUUCCUUGAAGAUGAUCCUAGGGACAGGUUCGGGUAUUACGAUAGACCCCCACUGCCAGAGUGGGACCAUAGAGAUCGUGGAAGGGAUAACUUCUUUCAUGAGAGGAGAGGAGGGUAUGGAGGUAGGUUUUUGUCUCCACCUCCUCCAUCAACAGUUCCUCCUCGUGGCUGGGCAUCUCAAAUCAGGGAUAGGAGCAGGUCGCCAGUUAGAGGUGGGCCACAAGCUAAAGGUUAUCCGCGUGAUAUGCAUAUGAACCGGAGACGAGAUGACAGGCGUGCUCUUGGAAGGGAUGCAUUUUAGUGUGUAAUGAUUAUAAUGACAAAGGCUACUGUGACAAUUGGUGUUCUUUCUAGUGAAGAUCUCCAUGGAUUCUAAAACUAUGCGUAUCUACAGCUUCCGUUAUGUGUUCUAAAAUGUUUCCUUUUGGUUAUUAUGUCUACGCGUAGCAAUCGUCAAUGUGAUUAGUGGCCCACGAUUCAAGUCGACUUACCUGUUGAUUAAAUGUAGAUAUACCAAGUUUUUAAUGACAAGCCAUUUUUACA